AUGAAUGUUCUAAAAGAAAAACUUAAGUCCAAAUUCCAGCCUUACUUGCCCUACGGAGUAUUUGAACCAUAUGACAGUCUCAGCCCUCAGAUGUAUUACGGUAUACAGAUGUACUGGUUAAAAUUUUUUGGUUUAUGGUACUACGAUGUUAACCCAAAGAGUCUAUUAUUCUGGUUACAAUUACUUUAUACAUUGCUUGUUCUAUGGCUCGUCUGCUUUUUGCCUGGACUUGGAGAGGUUUUCUACUUACUGAAACGUCAAGAAAGUAUUGGUCACAUAGCGGAAGGUUUGUAUCUAUUCUUAAGCGAAAUGUACACGUAUUUUAAAGUCGCAGUGUUUUGGCUGAAUAAAAAGAAAAUUUUAAAUCUUCUGAAAUUUUUAUACUGUGACGAAUUUAAGCCUGAAGAAAAAGAACACACUGAGAUUUUGAAGAAAAGCAUUAAAUUGGCGCGCUUUAUUACAACAUACUAUAUAACUAUAUGUGUUUGUGCUGUAUCAGUUGCCAUAAUUCUACCAAUCACUGAAGACUUUGACAUUUUGCCUACUAACGUUGAAUAUCCCUAUUUUGAUGUAUACAAACCGCCUUUAUACAUCAUUGCCUAUAUUCAUCAUAUAUAUUAUAAGCCUGCUACUUGUAUAAUCGAUGGUGCUAUGGACACAAUAUGUGCCGUAUUUAUAACUUUUGCAAUUGGACAAAUAGAUAUAUUAGCAUAUAACCUACGAAAUUUUGAAGUGUUAGCAUUUGAAAAAUGGCAAAGAGAUCUGAAGCAUCAUAAAAAUACAAGUUACGAUUGCAAACAUUAUGUAAAUUAUAUAUUGAAGAAAUGCAUUGUACAUUAUAAUGCAAUCAUAAGAUACGUGUCAAUGAUUGAAGAUGCAUUCAGUUUGGCUUCUGCCUUACAACUAAUGCUUAGCGUUAUGGUUUUGUGUUUAGUGGGAAUACAAAUACUGUCGAUUGAGAAUCCAAGAGAACAUCCAAUGCAAAUGGCGUGGACGGCUGUUUACUUAUCGUGCAUGCUGCAAGAAGUUUUUAUUCUUUGUUGGUUUGGAAAUGAACUGAUUUUGAAGAGUACUGAACUUCGUCAAGCGGCUUUUGACGGUCCCUGGUUGAAGAUGGACUAUCGGACUAUGAUGUUUAUUGUUAUAUUUCUGGAACGCUGUCAACGACCCUUGCAGGUCUCAGCAGGGAAAAUAUUUAUUCUAUCACUAAACACAUACACUUAUCUUAUCAACUGGUCUUAUAAGGCUUUUGCACUAAUGACAAAUAUGAAAAAAUAG